AGCUGUUACUGCUGUUACCGUUAACCAGCCCCACUCUACCUGAGGACAAGCAACAGAUUACUCUGUCCGUUGGUUGUUUACUUGUUUUGAAAAAAAAAAAAAAAUAGUUUUAAGGGUUUUUUCGUUUAUUUCGAGUAAUGGAUUUAGAGUUGGACCCUCGAGAGGUCUUGGAGCAUUUGAAUGCUCUCGGAUAUUCCAACGUGUCCAAAGAGCAACUUAAGGAAUUCAUAAAAGAUUUAAAAAAGUUGAUCAAAUAUGACACAAGGAAAGGUGAUAAAAAUUCUUCUGAUGGAACAGUUAAAAAGAAGGGUGAAUCCGAGUUGGCCCAUUCUUUUAAGAGUACCAAAUUUGUCAUGAAGAAACAAUAUGCCACAUCGAUCAAUAAUCAUUUAGAAGGAUCGGCCAACAGCAGCACAAGUGAUGAAUCCUAUCAAUCAGCUGAAAACACCGACGAAAAUGACAAAGAAAAUGCUAUGUCGGUGGGGAGAAGCAGAUCAAAAAUCAGUUGCACAUUACAGUGUUCAAAAAAAAACUGUUCGAUUCACGGGUCUGUGAACUCAAAAUCAUUGCCCAAACGGCCUAACUGUAUCUAUUGCCAGUCUAAUGGUAGACAACCGUCAAAAGAGGGGGGCUUAUCAAAUUAUGAAUUUCAGAUGGAAAGUUUUUCUUGGGAUAAUGUUAGUUGUCUGGGAGUAAAUGAAUCUUUUAUUCAACAUGAAACAAAAGAGCUUCAAGGUGCAGUAAGUUCAGUCUGCAACUGUCCCAGGUGUAGGCCAGAAUAUUGUUCAAAGAAAGAUGAACUUCCCCCUUGCGGUUCUUUUAUAAGGCCGUCGAGUUCUAGCAGCCGCCAAGGAAAGUCAGACCCUGUUGCUUUGUACCAUCGUUACCAAAGUGUCUGGUCACAGCAGAAUUUACCCGGUGAAAACCCACAUGCGAACCUGCGAUGGAAAAUUCGCCAUAAAAUGAUGGGGCCAAAUCCUUCCAAAAUAGAGGACCGGAAAGCUAAAACAGCCCCAGACCGACCUCCUUGGGUUGAUCCUUGAUUCCAAUAAACCCCCUUUUUAAAGUUAAAAAAUACAUAUUUUUUCAACAAAUUAGCCAUGAUUGUUAAGACUUUGGUGUAACCUCAAGUUGUUUUAUGUUGACUUCUAUUUUGAACUGUACAUAUGAGUACUGGGUAUUAAAAAUGACUAUUGUAUA